UUUCUCUCUGCUGUUUGUGCAUUUGAACAAAGCGAAUCUAAUCGAAUUUUAAAAUGUAGAAAAAUGCUCUGGUGACUUUUAGAUUAUGUCCUUGGCAACUUGUGUUUAUAACUUGCCCGUCAACAAAUGAGCUUCUCCUCUCGGUGACUCACUGGCAGGAGCGCUCGCUGGUCACAGCAUUGUUACCAUUCCUCUUAAACGGGACAGACAGGCGGCCGGAGCGCAUACGCCUUAUUAUUAUGUCAGCGAUGCGGCAGCGAUAAGCGCACAGGAACUGGUCGUGGCGACACUGAAAGCGUGAACCAAAGGACUCGCUGGGAUCUUUCUCUACUUUUAUUAGGCCGCCCACUCCGUAUGGAGCCCACAAAUCUCCAGAAAGCUAUAGCUGUAGCACAGAAAGCUUCACAGGAGGACCAGGCUGGGAACUAUGAGGAGGCCAUUCAAUCCUACCAGCAUGCUGUCAAGUAUUUUCUUCACAUUUUGAAACGAGAACCUCAGGGGAAAGAUGGUAACCAGAAGAUUCGAGAUUCAUGUAAGAAGUAUCUGGACAGAGUGGAAGAGCUUCAAGAGUACCUCGUGAAUAAAGAGGAGCAGCAAUGCAGCACAGAAAAACAAGAGGAUGGUACAGGGCCGGAGGGACAUCAAGGGUUUCAGAAAGGGAGUCAACGUGAGGGAGCGACAGCAGCAGCCCAACAGAAAGCGAUUGAUCUCGCCAGCAAGGCAGCUCAAGAGGAUAAAGCCCAGAACUUCGAGGAGGCGCUCCGUCUCUAUCAGGCUGCUGUUCAGUACUUUCUUCAUGUGGUAAAAUAUGAGGCCCAGGGAGACAAAGCAAAACAGAGCAUCCGGGCAAAAUGUGCUGAAUACCUGGAUAGGGCAGAGAAGCUGAAGGAGUACCUGAAGAAAAAGGAAAAAGCUCCUCCCGCUAAGCCUGUCAAAGAGUCGCAGUCCGAUGACAAAGGGAAUGAAAGUGACGAGGGUGACGAUCCAGAGAAAAAGAAAUUCCAAAAUCAGCUCUCAGGUGCAAUUGUUAUGGAGAAGCCAAACAUCAAAUGGAAUGAUGUUGCUGGUCUAGAGGGAGCCAAGGAGGCUUUAAAAGAGGCUGUCAUUCUUCCCAUCAAAUUCCCCCACCUUUUCACCGGAAAGAGAACUCCCUGGAGGGGGAUCUUGCUCUUUGGGCCUCCUGGUACAGGGAAGUCUUACCUCGCUAAGGCUGUGGCAACGGAGGCAAACAACUCAACCUUCUUCUCAAUCUCUUCAUCGGACCUUGUCUCCAAAUGGCUGGGAGAGAGUGAAAAGUUGGUGAAAAAUCUGUUCAGCCUUGCAAGGGAGCAUAGGCCUUCAAUCAUCUUCAUCGAUGAGAUUGACUCGUUGUGCGGCUCAAGGAGUGAAAACGAGAGCGAAGCAGCUCGUCGAAUUAAAACAGAGUUCCUGGUUCAGAUGCAGGGUGUGGGUAACGACAACGAGGGCGUGCUGGUGCUGGGAGCCACAAACAUCCCCUGGACUCUAGACUCUGCCAUCAGAAGACGCUUUGAGAAGAGGAUCUACAUCCCGCUGCCUGAGGAGCACGCUCGCUCCUUCAUGUUUAAGCUCAAUCUGGGCUCGACCCCCAACAGCCUCACUGAUUCGGACUUUGUCACUCUGGGCAAGAAAACAGACGGGUACUCAGGAGCAGAUAUCAGCGUCAUUGUCAGAGACGCUCUAAUGCAGCCUGUUCGAAAAGUCCAGUCAGCAACCCACUUCAAACGGGUAAGAGGUCCAUCCAGAUCCGACCCAAAUACUAUUAUUGAUGACCUCUUGACUCCGUGCUCUCCCGGUGAUCCCAACGCAAUUGAAAUGACCUGGAUGGAGGUUCCUGGAGAGAAGCUGUUGGAACCGGUGGUGUCCAUGCCUGACAUGCUGAGGUCUCUGUCCAACACAAAGCCAACAGUUAACGAACAGGACUUGGGAAAACUGAAAAAAUUCACAGAAGACUUCGGACAGGAAGGCUAGGUCGGAUCCAAAGAGUCAAACCAAAGCAAUGGAAGUGUGAUUGUCUCUUUACUGUCUUUGACCCUUUUUUUUCCCUCUCUGCCUCAUCCUGAUUAUUCUCUAAGCCCCAUGGGUUACCUUAGUACACACUUAAAAAGGGUGGAAGAAUUUAUUUUUUUUCGUCUUAUGUUCACUCCAGGCCAAAGAAAAUCAAAAGCCUGCUAAACAUCGUCGUCUUGCUUAAAAGUUAAAGAGCCCAAACUGGAAACUUUAGAGGUUAAUUUGGCCUAAGUGCUAGAGACCUAAAGUAUUAAUGGUCUGAGUACUAAAACAGGUUUGAGAAACCUACAAAACACAAACACCUUUAUUGCAAGUGGGUGACAUUUGGGAUCUUGCUUUAUGAACUACAUCCAACAUUAUGUUUCACAUCAUCCUUUAUUUUAAUAAAAGAUAAAACAAGCAUUUUAUACCCUUUAUCGUACAUCGAGGAAUACGUAAACCUUGGGCCGUGCAAAUCAAAGAAGUUAGCUUCAUAGGAUUAGGUUUUCUAGGUGAAAUAACCUUUUCUAAGAGUGGAGGUUAUUAUAAAGCUUUACAAAAGCCUGGAAGGAUUUUCUUUUCUUUCAUUUAUUUAUGCAGUGUUCAGAGAAAUUAGUUGCAGGCUGAUGUGUUUAGUCAUUCAUUAUUUGAAAUUAACACAGGCCUUAAAAAAAAGUAUCACCAUUGUGGGUAAACCAGCAUUAUUUCACCAUUCCUGAAGGACCUAAUAGCUAUGAAUUGUUUUGCAACUCAGUGAGGGUUUUCUAUCUAUAAACAACUGUACAUAUCCAUGUAUACUAAAAGGCUUUGCUGAUGAUCUUUGAGAACUUCAAAAGCUCAUCAACUUCAACUCUGCCUUAUUUUGGAAUAAAAUCUAUUUAGUUUCAAGCAAGAUUGAGAGGUGAAAGAUGGACAUUGAUGGCUCAGAUGAGAGAUCGUUGUGUGUACUUAACAGCAAAGACUUGCAUUUUUUUGAGCUUAAACUUUAAAAAUAGCCAUAAGUGGCGGUUUGCACCAUGUGCCUUCCAGGAAAAUGCACGUUUUUAUUGGUUUAUUUCUAAAUUAAGUCGUACUUCUAAUAUAUAUAUAUCAAGUGCUUUGUCACUACAACUAUGAAAUGUACAAUAUAUGUACAUUUCAUAUGCUCUUUUAGAGAUUGUAUACAAAUGUACUCUGUUGCUCUUGAAAUGUGGAAACUGUCUCCUGUAAUUUUUUUUUUUUUUUAAAGGGGAUUCUUAUUUUACCGUAUGUCUGUCUACACCUACUGUAACCAACUCUUGGGCCUUUUCCUGCAAGAAGAGGUCACCGAUGCAUCCAAUUUUCCCUUUUUCAUUUCCUCAGUGUAAAUAAAACUUAAAGCUAUGCCAA